GUUGAAAAAAAAAAACAUAAAUGAACAACCAGCUGUUUUUGUUCUUCUGUGAUCGCACGAAAAUUUGUGAAAAUCAGUAUGGAUCAAAAUUAAAUAGUGAUAUUCCAUUACGACGAAGUGACAUUCGGUGAACUUCAUGUGGAUUUUAUGGAUUCUCUAAAUUAUAUGUAGAGUAGAAAACAAUCGAUUUGAAGUUUUGUCAGACAUUACUCGAUAAAUGAAAUUGCUUUGGUGAUUUAUUACGUCUUAUUCGUAGUACCCACAUGCAAUGUGUAUAAAUUAGGCCAACGAUUUGCAAUUUCAUGAAAACUUCCGUGCAUCAAAGGCCAAUUAGUACAUAGGUCGGCGGUGUGUCACUUGUGAGUGCAGUGCGUGAAGUGUCGAGAGCAGUGAGUGUGACGGUGAAGGUGAUCUCGGUGGUGAUGUGGUUGUGAGGUGUCGUGCGGCGCAGUGGAUGCAGAGGCAGCGUCGUAGCGCUAGCCCUGGCAUGGUGCCGGGCAGGUAGCGCGCGCGGGCGGCCUGCGCAGGCCCCACACAAGCAGCCGCGUGUGUUCCCCAGCGUCGUCUAUGGCCGAGCAACACAUCACACCGUCGUCACACUCUGCACUCACGAGAGAGUCCAGCGGGUCUUCUCCUAGCAGGGUGGUGGGCGGUCGGUGGUUGCGUCAGGUGCGACGAACGAGCCACAGCCGCCGCAGCAGACGCAACGUGUCAUCGCCUCUGCCGCGCUCCACCAGCCGACACUCCUCCAGCCGCGUCUCCGACACAGACCCUCAAGCACACGUUGAACUCCGCAGAAGCUCACGGCUAAUUAACUCGUUGCCCAGGUCUGACUACUCCAUCACCGAGCGUUGGUCCUACGGUGCUGACGUGUAUGAGACACGUUGCGACGCCGCCGAUUUCAAGGGUGGAGAUAGCAAUAAAUCUUCCGGCGUAUACACGAAACGCGGACGCACCUCCUCGCAUGACAGAAAGAAACGCAAAACUGCAUCGAACAAUAGCACCGAGGAGUGCGUCGCCUACUGCACACGCUCACGGACUGCUCUUAAAUCCAGUGAGAGUGCUUGUGAGCAAAGCCCGAAUAAUUCAAAAACGCAAUCAUUAUCACAGUCGCCAUUAAACCAGAACGCUUCGGCGACAUCGACGCAGGCUAAUUAUUCCGAAGGCGGCUUGUUGCCACUCGACGAAAGAGACUUCGCUUAUUCCCCGUUUAGCUCGUCGACAGUCACAGAAUUACUAGACUCUGAUUAUUCUGUGUACAGUCCGACAACUAGCCGCAGAAAAGGCAAGAAAAGAAAACGAUCCUCGCAUCGUUCUUUGUCAAACAGAAAAAGUAGUUGCUUGAUAAACCUUGAAGAAUACAAGAAGAAAUUUAAAAUUGAUUCACUCAGCAGGGAGGGCACGGACAUAGGUGACGUCUCUGUCAGUAAAACGCCCAGACAAGAAUUUGAGAGAGCAGAGCAGCCAAACGCGACGCAGGCAUCCUGCACUUAUUUGUUGCGAAACAGGCAUCAUCGCGACCUCGGCCCGCCUACCUCGACAGUCGUUAGUGACAAUUCAGCGAGUCCGUCGACGAGCGACGCGACACAGGACCAGCCAGAGCGUAGGAGUAUACCGGACGGCUUCGGCAGGACUGCCACGCCGCCACCCUUCAAGGAUAUCCAAGAGGCAAGUUCGUCGAAAGCGCAGAGUGCUUUGAGCAAAUUACUGAUAGUUCCACGCGAUCUUCCUUACUUAAGGCAGACUAACGCAAGAAGGAGCAUAGCUGCUGCAACGGGUGCGACCCUGGGUGCUUGCCUGACGCGGGGGGCCACAUCUUCCCAACGGCAGAGGCAGGACACUGCUUCUAAAAGACAGGCAGCGGGCGGGGAGGGCGCGAGCAGCAGCGCGGCGGGCGGGAGGCGGCCGCGGGCUCGCGACAUGCCGCAGCCGCACCCGGCCUCCACGCGGAAAGAUAAACGAGGCAAAAGCAGUCUGGGUUCGUGUGCCAGUACUGGUGGUGCGUCCGGCCGGUCCCACCCCCAGCCUUUAACCACGGGUGCCGUGGCAUCUACCUCCUCCUCACCGCCGGCGUCAGGGUCAGCCGCAACGAUGCCAGACAACGCAUCAGCUGACGCUAAGCCAAAAGGCAAAGAAGAGUGCGUCGGCGGUGGAGGAGGCGGGGGCGGCGGCCCGGGCGGCGGCGGCGUGGGCGGCAGCGGCGUGGCGGCGGGCGGCGCGGGCGGGCUCGGCGCCGAGGAGUCCUCGUCCGAGGAGGGCGAGGUGGGGCGGCUGCAGGCGCUGCUGGAGGCGCGCGGCCUGCCGCCGCACCUGCUCGGCGCGCUCGGCCCGCGCAUGCAACACCUGCUGCACCGCACCGUCACUGCUAAUUCAGCGGCAUCAAAAGCUGCGCAGCUGUUGGCGGGGCUGCAGGCGACGGGCGAUGAGGGCCAGCAGCUACAGGCCGUGAUCGAGAUGUGCCAGCUGCUCGUCAUGGGCAAUGAGGACACGCUCGCCGGCUUCCCCGUGCGGCAGGUCGUGCCUGCACUAGUCAACCUGCUCGCAGCAGAACACAACUUCGAUAUGAUGAACCACGCGUGCCGCGCGCUCACGUACAUGUUGGAGGCGUUGCCGCGCAGCAGCGGCGCCGUGGCGCUCGCCGUGCCCGCCUUCCUCGACAAGCUGCAGGCCAUCACGUGCAUGGACGUCGCCGAGCAGAGCCUCACCGCGCUCGACAUGCUCUCGCGACGACACUCCAAGGCCAUAUUGCAAGCGCGUGGCGUGUCGGCGUGCCUCAUGUAUUUGGACUUUUUCUCCAUCAACGCUCAGCGCGCCGCACUGUCCAUCACGGCCAAUUGUUGCCAGAAUCUUACCUCAGAUGAAUUCCACCUGGUCAGAGACUCCUUACAGCUUCUCGCGAAUAGGCUAACUCAGCAGGACAAGAAAUCUGUAGAAUGCGUGUGCCUCGCGUUCUCUCGGCUCGUAGACAGUUUCCAACACGACCCGGCGCGCCUGCAAGAGAUUGCCACUCCGGAACUACUCACCAAUUUGCAACAACUCUUGGUAGUGCAACCGGCGCUGAUCUCGGGCGCGACGUUCAUCACGGUGCUGCGGCUGCUGUGGGUGAUGUGCGCGGCGUGCCCGCAGCUCGCGAUCGCACUGCACCAGCGCUCCAUCGCCGACACGCUGCUGUGUCUGCUCACUGGAUCCACGCUGCACCAGGAGCAAGUGGAACUUAUUCCGCGACUGCCGCAAGAGCUGUACGAGAUUACCUGCCUGAUUGGAGAACUGAUGCCGCGACUGCCGACCGACGGCAUCUUCGCCGUCGACGUCCACCUCGACAAGCCUUGGUCAGCGUCCUCGGACCGGACCGCGCACUGGCAAUGGCGCGAUGAUAGAGGCAUGUGGCGCUCGUAUUCGUGGGCAGAGAGUCGCGCUCUGGAGGCCGGCGCGGCGGCUGGCGAGGAGGAAGUAUGUCUCACCACGCUGGGGCGCUCCUACACCGUGGACCUCACCGCCAUGCAGCAGCUUAAUGAUCACACCGGCACUGCGCGCCCUGUGCAGCGCGUCGCACCCGCGCCCAACCCCAACGACCACGCCAACAACGCUAACGCUAAUGCGCCAGACCCGCGCAUCGCGAUGGUUCGUUCGUCGCCGUCGCUGGCGCGCGCGCUGCUGGCAGUGCUGCACGAGGUAUACUGGAGCUCGGCGGGGCCGGCGGUGCGCUCGCAGGCUCUAAAGGCCAUCCUGCGGUGUGUUUACUACGCUGACGCGCCACUACUCAGACAAGUACUCAAGAUGCAGGUGAUAUCGUCACAUAUAGCCGGUAUGAUGGCGUCGUCUGACCUGCGCAUAGUAGUUGGCUCGCUGCAGUUAGCCGAGAUCCUCAUGCAGCGGCUGCCGGAAGAGAUGGCGGUGCAAUUCCGCCGCGAGGGCGUGCUGCAUCAGGUGGCGCAGCUCGCCGAGAGGACCACGCCACCGAGGCAUACUAAGAUAAAAUCUCCGAGCGGCACGAGUGUGCGGUCGGGUGGCGCAGCGGGUGCGGGCGGGGGCACCUCCCCUCCCGCCUCUACCUCGGCUACGUCUCUGGAACACAACAACUUGUCGCUCGCUUUCUCUGCCUCAGGAUCUUUCGUCGCCACGAUGGCAAGCGGGACUGAUGGAAGCGGUUCCGAGCCCGGGCCAGCGCCAGCUUCGACACAUCCGCAAAUCCCAACAACAAUGCACAGGUCGGGUAGUCCCCUUCAGUUAGCGGAAAUGUUGAAGCGCAAGCGCGCGGUGAAGCGCACGGGCGGCGCGAGCGGUCGGCACGCGCGGCGCCGGGACGACGCGCCGCCGCACGCCACGCACCCCGCGCAUCAGCCGCACGCGCCGCACGCCGCGCACCCCGCACACCCGGCGCACCCAGCGCACCCUGCUCCCGCGCAUACACUCGCGCCGCACGGAUCCGGAUGUGGCGCUGGCGGUGGAGGUGGCGGAUCGGGGUCUGGGUCGGCGCGCGCGGCGCAGCGCGCGGGCGGUUCCGUGAAGACGUCGUUCUUGUCGUCGCUCAACCCCACGCGCUGGGGCCGCGCGCCGCACGCGCACAAGGACUCCGCGCUGCUCGCCUCGCCGCACACCGCCGCCAACCUCACCGUACAGAACAAAGAGAAAGUGCGCGAAUGGAUCCAGUGGACGGCGGCGCGGCUGCAGCGCGAGUGGGGCGCGCUGGGAGGCGGCGGCGGCGCGCUCGAGCAGCUCGCGGCGCUGGCGGCCGCCCUCCCGCGCCCGCACCCGCGCCACCACCACCGCGCCGCUCUCGAGCAUCUGCGCGACACGCUGCUACACCACGACGUAUCGCCCUUCGAGGUGAAUCAUUCGGGAGUGCUUGGCGCACUGCAUCAGUUCCUGACGGGCGGAGACGACACAGAGAACGCGGAAAGUAGCGAAGUGGAAGUCGAAGGCCGUGACUCCACGGAGCUCGACGCCGCUGAGGAGCGCCUGCGCCUCUUCUUGCAUGUGUUCGCCGAUAUGCCACUCGGCAUCGACGUGACCGAGUGGAGCGCCGGUGGUGCCGGCGCGUUAGCGGCGCUGGUGGGGAAGGUAAACGCGUGUGUUUCGCACCUGGAGCAGUUCCCGGUGCGCGUGCACGACCUGCCCGCGCGCCCCGCCACCUCCGCGCUUAAAUUCUUCAACACCCAUCAACUCAUGUGUGAUCUCAAACGUCAUCCGACUUGCACCAAUCUGAAACAAUGGAAGGGCGGCGUGGUACGGAUAGACCCGUUAGCUUUAGUACAAGCCAUUGAAAGGUACCUGUCACAGCGCGGGUACGCGAGUGGACGUGCAGCAGCGCCGCACUCGGACGACGAGCCCGCCUCCGAUGACGACGUGGACGAUGCGCCUGCACACCAUCACCACGCGCCAGACUCGGAACAUAAAUUGGAAUUCCUGAUUGGAGACACUGUGCUGCCGUACAACAUGACCGUGUACCAGGCCGUGCGCCAGUUCGGCGAGCAGACCGACGCGGACACCGACACAGAGACACCGCUAUCAAAUGCGGGAAUAUGGGUUCAAACACACACGAUAUACUACCGCGCCGUGGAAGGCGGAGAGCAAUUGCGCACCGACACCACAUCUUCCAAGAAGGGCAAAGGCCAGCCCACAAAACUAUCUUCCAGGCGGAAACCUGAUUUAUUGUGGAAUGAGGGUGUAGUGCCCGCGCGUGAAUCGCCAUUGGUGGUGAUUUUGCGUUCUCCUCUGUUACUGGACGGCGAGGUGAAGGACGCGUCGCUGCCGGCGCUGGGUCUGCUGCGCGCGCUGCACGCCAUCUCACGCCACUGGCACACGCUCUACCGCGCCGCGUGUCUACCCGACCACCGCCCGCUUGUGCCCAAUGCAGACUUUAUCAACGCCAAGCUUGCAGCCAAAGCUAAUCGACAACUUCAAGAUCCUCUCGUGAUCAUGACCGGAAACCUUCCGCCAUGGCUAAAAAAGGUCGCAUAUGCUUGCCCGUUCGUACUGCCGUUCGAGUGCCGGCACCUACUAUUCUACGUUGUGUCAUUCGAUCGCGACCGCGCGCUGCAGCGGUUGCUGGAAGCUGGCGGCGAGCGUGGUGCGGCAGCCGGCGGCGAGGCAGAGCGCGUGGCGCCGCGACUCGACCGGCGCAAGCGAACCGUGCAGCGACACAACGUACUGCGCCAAGCUGAGCACGUCAUGCAUGAGUUCGCACACUCAAAAGCGCUGCUCGAAAUUCAAUAUGAGAAUGAGGUCGGCACCGGACUCGGACCCACGCUUGAGUUCUAUGCACUAGUUUCGCAAGAGUUGCAGCGCGCAGAUCUCGAUCUGUGGCACGGCAGCGAAAACUUUAAACAGAAACCGAGCUCGUUCGCCGGCGAGAUCGUGAAAUCGGCGCCACCGGCCGCGGAACGUGCAGCCGAGACUGCGGCGCGACUCGCGUCCUCCGUCCGCGACGCCCUAAGCCUCGACGAGCAGCGCGCGCGCGCCUCGCUAGCGCCGCCGCCGCCCGACGCGCUGCCCGCCGACCCGCCUGCUGAACUGCCGCCCGACGACAAGGAGACGGCUGUACCAGUGCCGACACCCGCUGCGUAUGUGGCGUGGCCGUGCGGUCUGUUUCCACAAGCGGUCGGCCGUAAUGGCCGAGCCUCGCACCUCUCCCGAAUCAAAGCCAAGUUCCGCUUCCUUGGCAAAUUCAUGGCGAAAGCAGUGAUGGAUUCGCGAAUGGUGGACAUACCUCUAUCGACGACUAUGUAUCGAUGGGUGGUGAACGAAGAACGCUGGCUAAACCUGAGCGACGUGCGACACGUCGCGCCGGAGCUGUGGCGUUCAUUGUGCCGGCUACGACGCGUGGCAGACCGCGCGCGUUCUAUCGCCGCUGACUCCAGGCACACGUUGGAACAGCGGACACAGAUGAUAACCGGCCUGGAAUUAGAUGGAUGCCCUAUUGAGGAACUAGGAUUAGACUUCAUACUGCCAGGCGAUGGCUGUACGGAGCUGCGCCGCGGCGGGCGAGAUCUGCCCGUCACUGCACAUAACCUACACAAUUACAUUGAACUGGUAACGCAUUGGCUUCUUUAUGAAGGUGUAACAAAGCAAAUGGAGGCUUUCAGAGAAGGCUUUGAAUCAGUAUUCCCUCUAGCCAACCUUAAAAUAUUCUAUCCUGAGGAAUUAGAACAAGUGUUUUGCGGAAGCCCAUCAGGUGGUCGUGAGCAACGCUGGGACCCUCGUAUGUUAGCGGAGUGCAUUCGGCCCGACCACGGAUACAACGCCGAGUCACGCUCUAUCCGCAUGCUCAUUGAUAUACUUGCAUCUUAUAAUCGUGAAGAACAACGACUUUUCUUACAAUUCGUUACUGGAAGCCCACGUUUACCAACUGGAGGUUUCAAGGCUCUGAACCCACCACUAACUGUGGUGCGCAAGUCGUUGGAAUCGUCGCUAGAUCCUGACGAGUACCUGCCGUCGGUGAUGACGUGCGUCAACUACCUAAAGCUGCCUGACUACAGCAGCUCGGAGGUGAUGCGCGCCAAGCUGCGGCUGGCCGCCUCCGAGGGACAGCACUCGUUCCACCUGUCGUGAACGCCUAUACAACCAUAAAUGUGAUUACUUUUAAUUGACCCCUUUAAAAAUUAUAAUAUACACGUGUGAAUGAGGUUAGUGAUAGUAAAUUGUGUUAUAAUAUGGACGGUGCGCGCGCUCCGGAACACUGGUGUUUAUGUGCAAUCAGAGUGAAUUUAUUUCUGUACCUUGAUAGACACUGAAAGUGCUGUGCGUUCUAUAUGAUUUCGUUUACUGUUUGGAUUUUUUUUUAGAUUACAGAAAUAUGUUUAUAUUAUAUUUUGUGUUAAUUUAAUGUGAUAGCUUUGUAUAUUAGUUUAUCGAUACAGAGAGAUUUCAGACUCUCAUUAGAUUAGUGCCGGUGCGGCAGUGGUUUCGAGCUCGUAUCGCGUUCUGUGCCGAAUGUCCGACCACUAUACGUCACCUUUAUAAUCAUAUUGUAUGUGCGCGUCCAUUUUUAUCGGUCUCCUUUAACAGAGUAAUCAUUUCAAAUAACUUAGUAGAUUUAUCCGUUCAAAAUGGACCAGCACUUAUUCCCAAAAUCUUUGAAGGACCACUGAAAAUCGCCUUCAAGAGUCCUAAGAAUUAUAAUAGCAUUUAUUACCAAACGGUGUAUGUUUUGAUUAACAUUUAAGUAUUAUAAAUGAGUAAAGAAAAAGUGCAAAGUUUAAUAUGUAACAAUUUCAAUAAAACCAUGUAAACAAUAUUGAUGAA